AUGCCAUCGCAGAGGAAAGUGAAGCCACAUGAACGAGCUUUAGCUUUAUUAAUGAGACGCGAAAUGCAUUUCUCAUACCGUAAGAUUGCUUUAAAAACAAAACUUUCAAAGUCAACUGUAUUUGAUAUUGUUAAAAACGAGGAACUAAGCAACAAUCGAAUUUAUAAAAAGCAAGAAAAGAAAUCAAAAGGUGGACGGCCUGAACUGCUCAAUGCACGUGAUAAACGGAAUCUCGUGCUUUCAUUAAAGAAAUUGAGGGCCGUAGAUCCAAAUUUUACGAUAAAAGAAGUCGUACAAAACAGUGGUGUUGCAUUAAAAUCUGCAAGCUAUAGAACGUUUGUAAGAUGUAUUAAGAAACUUGGUUAUGGGUUCUACCCAAGUCGAAAAAAAGGUGUUAUGACGACAAAAGAUUUCAAGCAACGAAGAAAAUUCGGUAGAGAAGUGAAAGCGAAAAGUUGUGAAUACUGGACGAAGGAUGUUGCUUUUUACUUGGAUGGUGUAUCGUUUAUAUAUAAAGAAAUCCGAUGA